CGGCUGCCGCGGAUGGAACCGAGAGCCGGCACCGAGAUCAGGUUCACGGAGCUGCCGAAGCAGAUGUACCCCGAUGGUGCUACACCGGAGGAGGUGACCAGGCACAGCAUGGACCUCAGCUACGCGCUGGAGAAGGUGAUCAGCCAGCGAUAUGCCAGCCAGCCCCUGGGUCUGCUCGGUGAGUUGCAGUUUGCUUUCAUCUGCUUCCUGAUCGGGAAUGUAUACGAUGCAUUUGAGCACUGGAAAAGACUCUUAAACAUCCUGUGCCGAUCUGAAGAUGCCAUAGGGAAGUAUCAAGACCUUUACAUCAAUCUCAUUUCUGUGCUGUAUCACCAGCUCAGUGAAAUCCCAGCUGAUUUUUUUGUGGACAUUGUCUCCCAGAACAACUUUUUAACCAGCACGUUACAGGUGUUUUUUUCCUGCACGUGCAGUGCUGCUGUUGACGGGACCCUAAGGAAAAAGGCUGAAAAAUUCAAGGCUCACCUAACAAAGAAAUUUAAAUGGGACUUUGAAGCAGAACCCGAUGACUGUGCUCCUGUAGUGGUGGAACUUCCUGAGGGUGUGCAGGUGGACUAA